CAAAUCACCUAUUUGUUUGAAUGACGCAUCCUUUGUUUGGGUUUGUGGGUUUGUGACAGUGUGAAAUAUCAAGUAUGGCAUUGUCACUGGAUGACAAAUUACUUGGAGAAAAGACACAUUACUAUUGCAGCAGUAGUGAAGAUGAAGCAGAUGACAAUGACCAGAGUGGCGAUGAUGAAAAGCCAGCAGAUUCAAGACAGGCAGUGUUCAUCCCAGAACCAGAACUUAAGGAAUAUGGGGGAACGUCUACAAAUACUGGACCAAAAGGUGUUCUGAAUGAUUGGCGGGAAUUCAAGAAACUUGAAUCUGAGAAGAGAGAGGAAGCUGAAAGGGAGAGGCAGGCACUUCUGAAGAAGUUGUCACUUACUUGCAGGUCCCAUCUUGAUGAUGAAAAGGAAAAAGAGAAAGAUCAGUUGUUUUUGGAACAAAUUGAGAAAGAUUUGGAAGAGUUUGAAGAUGAAUUUAUGAAGGAAUAUCGCCAAAGGAGAAUAGAAGAAAUGAGGAAUGCAUUAAUUGCAGUGCCAAAAUUUGGCAAGUUAUAUUCACUUUCUCCUGGGGAUUUUUCUGACUCAAUAGACAAAGAAAAAGCGAGUGUGACAAUUAUUGUACACCUGUAUGAAGAUGUGCCAGCAUGCGAGAGCAUGAAUACCUGUUUGAUGUGUUUGGCGGAGGAGUAUCCCACUGUCAAGUUUUGUAAGAUGAAGGCUUCUGAGGCAAAACUCAGUCUAAAGUUUGCUCUAAGUGGUGUUCCAGCUCUCUUAGUGUAUAAGAACAAGGAACUCAUAGGCAACUUUAUCAGGCUGUCAGAUGAGUUUGGGACGGAUAUAUAUGCCUCAGAUGUGGAGAGUUUCCUAGAUGAGCAUGGCUUUUUACCAAAUAAGGAGUUUGUGAACAGUGCCAUUCGUGACAAAACAACAGGUGAACUUAGAGGAGCCCUUCCCCAGGAUAACGAGAGUGACAGUGAUUAUGACGUGGAUUGACAUUUGCAGCGUGCCCGACUGUCAUACAUGUGCAAUAUCAUUUUAUCACAUUGUACAUAACAUUGAUCAAAUUCACAUGCUUAUAUAUAACAAUGCUACAUGUACACACUUUAUUGUAUUGCUUUUUAUGUGUUUAAUGUACUUGGGAAUCAAGUUAAAAAUUACACAUCUAACUUUUACCCUUCUUUAUAACAAGGAAUGACAAUAAAGUUGUCCUUGAAUACUUGCUGAACUUUUAUCAUAGCACAAGGUUUUAAUGUAUUCCAAGAAUGUUUUCCACUUUAAUGUAUGUAUAUUGCAGUUUUAAUGUGAUUUGUUGUGGUAAGGUCACAGGCUUUGUAGUUUGUACAUGUACCUACACAGAUGUGAGAUUAUGAACUUUGCCCAGUAGGAAAUAUGUUAGAUCUUAUCUAAAGGAGUAGCAAGUGGUAGUACCAUUGCUACCAGGUAACAGUUGACAAUGCUUUUGUGACCCUAGGUAGAGUAUAAUGUUCACUGAAGAUCACUUGUCUUGCACAACAUGGUUCAAAAGUGAGAAACUUCAUCACUAACUUGCAGAGCAUCAGUGAUUUAUGCUGGGUCUUGCCCCAACCAUAUAAAAACUGACUGCCAUUGAGUAACUGAAACAUUCUUGAUUAUGGCAUUAAGCAUUAUCUUCAUCUAGGGUAAGCCUACUGUGUUUGUUAACGUAUUUUUGUCAAGACCACAUUCAGUCCUGUGCUAAAUCAUGUAAUGAUGUACAGUAUCGUUCAUAUUUGCAACAUGUUUAUAGAGGUCAACAUCCGACAACUUUCAAACAGUUCUGUAGUGGUUACCUAGAGAUUUGGGCAACUUAUCACUAUCUAAAGCAUCAGUGUUGAAAGCCUUUGAAUGAAAGAAGCUUUACUUGAUUCAUUUGGCUAGGCUGGUUCAAUGGUAUUUUCACGUAGGUCUUUAAAUAGGGUUAACAUUGAUGUCAUGUAGUAACCAUGUUUCCAAAUUUCAGAUAAGCGUCUUAGUAGUCAAACAUGUUGGAGAUACAUGAAAGUCUUUAUUUACACUUCAUGCAGGUUUGAUUGUAAGCAGACAUGCUGAAUAGCUAGAUCUGAAUUGUGUGACAAUAUUGUCCUGAGAUGCACUUUGGUAGAUCACUGUACCGGUAGUUAAGCCAACCCUUAAAACUUUGAUAUAAUACUCAGUUUGCAGCGAGUUAAAAUUAUGGUAUUUCUCUCAAGAUUUGCUAAGUGUUCCCAAUUAUGUCUUGUACAGUCUGAAAAUAACCAUUUGAUGACUUUCCAAAACUGGCUUUGUGAAAUAGGCCCCAUUGUAAAAGGUCUCAAGAAGAAAACUGUGCUCAGACCCCAUUUCUGAAGGAGGUAUUCUGUCUUCAUGAUUAAGAGCUAGAAGUUCUUAGUAUUUCAUUGGUUAUUUACUUUUCUAUUAUUCCAUCAGAUGUGCCAACAGAAGAAAGAAUAUACAUGUGAAACAUAUUUAUCAAUGUGUACAUAUAUAUAUGGCAUAAGAAGAUGAUGACUGUUGUUUCGAGUACUGCCAAAGGGUAAAAAUAGCAUAGCUGUAAUUCAUGCAUAUUGAUUUUAUCUGUGUCAAAACGGAUAAUCAUUUCUGCUUUUACUGUCCUGAAACAGUAUGCUGAUCAAUAUAUUCAUACAAACUGAAGUAUUCACUGUUCAUUGGUGCAAAGAUAAAGUGCUUUUAUAUCAAUAACAAAGAAUCAUGAUAAAAUAUGAAAGUGCCACAUUAGCAAAUUGUGAAAGAAGUUUCUGUUACCAGAUCAGUGCGUCCUAUCUAGGGUUUUCAGUUGAUAUUUAUUGUACUUUUAGAUUUACAGAAGGAUUCAAUUAUUUCUUUACUAUAUGCAUUUCUAAAUGAAGAGUGAUGGUUCUCACCUCAUUGUUUAAAUAAAGCAUUAGAAUAUCAUGCAUGCUGAGCUGUUAGAGACUUUGGAGUUUAUUUUCUGUGACAAAAUUCCUCAGAUUUGAUGAAAGUAAAAGAUUAAUGCUUUGAUAAACUGUAAGAAUUUAUCGGCUAUAUUGUAUGUUGGCUCAAAAUGUACAUGUAUCAGUAUGAACAGAAUAUGCCUAAAUAAACACUGACUAUAUAAA